CGACACAAGAGCACAGACAGCAGCGACGCGACCCGGCAUCUAGCACGACCCGGACCACAUCAUCAGCUUCCUGUCCACACUUCCAUGCGCUACAUGUGAGCAUGCCAAGAUUGCGUUCCAACUCUUCCACAUCCAGCCAGCCAGCCCAACAGCAAGGCGACGGCAGUAGCAUCACCAAUUCAUCCGGCUCCAAGAAGACACUUCGUGAGAAGCUCAAGAAGAUUGGCCCGAAGAAGCAUCACGACCACUCGCCUACUUCGUCGCGUCACCCGCAAGUCGCGCAACCAGGGGAGUACGGCGAUAACAUCCAACGUCGAUCUGUGAGUCUGGGUAUUGAGCGCGCCCCACCCAUGGCGCCAGACUUGGGUUCACUGCAUGCAGCGACCAUGCAACGUACAGCGGGUCUCGUCCCGACAAGUAUCUCCCUCUCAUCACCAGCGUCGGGAGGCGAUACAGUGACGCCUGAUCGCGGUCGUCCUGCAACACCGCGUUCAAGACCAUCAUCGCCCUCACGCCCACGCACCGGCGAUGUCAAACGACCUGCAUCUGGAGUCUCCCAGCCGGCACUGGCAGAUCCUGUGCUAUCCAAGCCGCCAACACUACAAGAUAUGCGCAGUCAUGUCACCCCUGUACGGCCCAUUGAACCGACGCAACGCUCAGAAGAAGCGUAUAGCGAGUCAUCGCCGCCGAUCAUGCCAGGUGGCCAAACACCCGGUAGUGCAGGCAGUCUACAACCUGCUGGUGGACAUUUCGCAUCUGCUUCGAGUAUGGCUACAUCGAGUACAGCUGGUGGAUUCUUGAGUUCAGUGCUGAAUGUGGCACACUCUGUGCUUGGCACGCAGCCCCAUGAAGACCACUCGACACCUUCCAAGACAACAGGUGAUGCUUCCUUCGGGGACUCUCACGUGCUUGACGCUGAGAAAUCUGCACAGGAUCAGACACUAUCGCCACCAGCGAGGUCAUCGACGCUGCCUCCUGGUAAUGGUCGUGUCGCUCGCAUUGCAGAGGAAAUCUCACCAAACAACUCACUAGAACCCACAAAGAACAGAGAGAUGCGAUCUGGUAGUCUGAUGAGCCGUCGACGUCGUGAAUCCAAUGCGUCAGCGAUCUAUGGGCCUCAUGAAACGACUGGACAACCACAAAAGAUCACAGGAUUUGCUGUUGCAUCAAAUAAGCGGAAUCGUGAAUUUCACGCCACCUUUCGCAGUGUGCCUGAGGGUGACUACCUACUUGAUGAUUAUGGCUGUGCUUUACAAAAAGAGAUUUUGGUGCACGGUCGUAUGUACGUCUCGGAAAGUCACAUUUGCUUCAACUCCAACAUCUUCGGUUGGGUGACCAAUCUCGUGAUUGCCUUCAACGACAUUGUUUCGAUUGAAAAGCGCUCGACUGCUGGGAUCUUUCCAAAUGCUAUCCAGCUUGCUACACGGUCUGCUAAGCACGUUUUUGCUUCGUUCAUCUCUCGUGAGACCACUUACGAGCUCAUCAUCAGCAUUUGGCGCCUGACACAUCCUGCCAUCCAGACAACUCCCCAUGGCGUCGAAAUUGCACCAGUCGAGGAUGAAUCAGAUGACAACAGUACGAACGGUUCUGGUGACGAGGAUGAUGAACACUCUGACAGUUCCGUGCAAGAUAGUGAUCAUGAAUUUGCGGUAGAGGAGGAUACCAUGUCUCGACACAGUAGUUCACCCAUGCUGACGACUACCUCACCACAGCGGCCAGCUGCUUCAGAGAAGGGUGAUGGAGGAGACGCACCGGCUGCUGACUUUCCUGGUCCUCGCGAACAUGCGCCGACUGAAGCUCUAGGAUUGGGCGAUACUAGUAAAUUCCCAAGAGCGCUCAUUGACCAAACUGUCGAUGCACCUCUGGGUCAAGUAUGCCAGUUGUUGUUUGGGCCAGACGCCGCUUUUAUGAGGGACUUUUUGGAGCAAAACCAAAAACUUCUUGAUGUCAAGGUUGCUGGGCUGCCAGAGCCUGGGAAGGGCAAAUCACGCAAGAUCUCCUACGUGAAGCCACUAUCUGGGCCUAUUGGUCCUAAACAGACUCGUUGCCUCAUCGAUGAUACGGUCGAUCUGUAUGACUUUGACAAGGCCGUACAAGUGACAACGAACACUACAAGCCCUGAUGUACCGAGUGGUGAUGCGUUUGUCAUCAAGACGCGCGUAUGUUUGAUGUGGGCGCCGCGCAACGGUACGCGUGUCGUUUGUCAUUGUAAUAUCGAGUGGUCCAAGUCUUCAUGGAUCAAAGCGCCCAUUGAAAAGGCAUCGACCUCUGGACAGAUUGAUUACUGGACACAGCUGGUGGACGCUGUACGCAGUGAAGUAUCGAGUGGCGUCAAGCGAAAACGUACCAAGAAGAGUACAAGGCCUCGUGGCAAAUCUGCAGCAGACGAGGAAGGACAGGCGCCUUCAACAAACGCAAACGCAGCAGGUGAUAUCAAUGCGGGUCCUUUGUCAAGGUUUUUGGGGCUCUUGUCGCAUAUCAAUUUGACUGUUUUGUUGGUGGUCCUCUUGCUCGGUAUGAUGUUCACCAUGUUUCGCAUGCAGCGUUCCAUUCACGCUCUUUCGAGACACGGUCGCUUGGGUGGUGAGGGUGUGCCACUUGCUUCGUCAGAUCGCUGGGCGAGAGAAGAAGGAGACUUGUGGCAAUGGCUCUCGAGCAGGACUGGCGCGCAAUCAAAUACAGGCGAACGCGCGCCUGUCACAGAUUUGGCUGGGAUGCAACUGCAAGAAGCUAUUGAGCAGGAACGUAUUCGUCUGGCCGUUCUGAUGCAGGCUGCUGAGAUUGCGAGCAAGCAGAGUAAGGGGAGGUGAAGAUGUGACUGUUGAAGAUUGAAUUCUGUAGAUGCCAAGUUUAACGAUGC